AACACAGACCGUUGUAUCUAAAUAAACAAUCUGCUUUCAAAUCAGUAAACGAACGAUAAUUGUAUCCCUGGCGAGUCCCACUGCCAAGACAGAACGUUUUGGAAGAUAAUUUUAGCAGAUACCCGCGUUGAACUGUUGUGGGGAAAAGGAUUUCUGAAGGACCAAAGCGCCUUAAAAAAAAAAAAAAGGAAAAAAGAAACUAAAAACUUUGUAAAGAUUUAUUAUCAAAAGAAUGGUUGGACGACAAACGCAUAGCGAGGCUGGCGAGAACCCAUUCGACUCCGAGCUCAAAUACAAAGUUUUCAUGGGAUAAAACCUAUCCGCAAGUGCUGUUAGUCUUUGGGGAAAGCUGCUGAGGAACUCACAAUCCUGUUGCCUCAUUGCCAUUUUCGAAAGCCCAAGGGGAGGUAAUUGGCAGAAGCCAUGCCUGCCCUGACCACUGGAAUGGGCCACGAACCAGGGCUGUAUGAGUUGUUAGCAGCAUUGCCUUCAAAACUGAAGACCCAUGCCACCCACCCUGAGGAGAGCACUUUUCUCCAGGGGAUGUUUGGGGAGAAAAGCCUCCAUUCACUCUUCAUGAUCCAUGAGCGACUGCAGCAUUAUGAAGAGAGCAAACCUACUCCCGUCUUGAACAAUGCUGCAAGUCUGUGCAGUCAAUUGUCUGAAGAGUUUCAAGAGAAAUCAGGAAAUACAGAAAUGAAUGAACUUCUCAAGCUUUUGUCCAAACCCCACUUGAAGAGCCUUCUGUCAGUCCAUGAUAUCGUUGCACAGAAAAGCUAUGAACCCGAACUACCUCCAAUGCCUGAUGACAUCAACGAUGAUGAGGAUUCUGUGAAGAUCAUCAGACUAGUUAAAAACAAGGAGCCCCUCGGAGCUACAAUAAAACAAGAUGAUCUCACAGGAGCCAUCCUUGUGGCCCGAAUCAUGAAAGGAGGGGCAGCAGACAGAAGUGGCCUCAUUCAUGUUGGAGAUGAACUGAAGGAGGUCAAUGGAAUCCCUGUGGAUGACAAGAAACCCGAGGAAAUUAUUCGUAUUCUGGCCCAGUCACAAGGUGCCAUUACCUUUAAAGUUGUCCCUGGGGUCAAGGAGGACGCAUUAACCAAGGAGCCAAAGAUGUUUGUGAAGGCACUCUUUGACUAUGACCCAAAAGAUGACAAAGCCAUCCCAUGUAAAGAGGCCGGACUCGCCUUCAAAAAGGGUUCCAUUCUUCAGAUCAUGAGCCAAGAUGAUGCAACCUGGUGGCAAGCCAAACAUGAAGGGGAUGCUAACCCCCGUGCCGGCUUAAUCCCCUCCAAACAGUUUCAAGAGAGGAGAUUAGCGUUGAGAACUCCUAUUGCAAUUCAACCAAUCCAGAGGUCUUCUAUUCGACGAUCGAUUGGGUUCAGAAGAAGCUUCCGCCUCAGCAGGAAAGACAAGAAGACCAACAAGUCCAUGUACGAGUGUAAGAAGAGUGAAAUUUAUGACACAGCUGACGUGCCCACUUAUGAAGAGGUCACUAAAUACCAGAGGCAGAGUAGAGCGAAGCACCGGCUGGUUGUCCUAGUUGGACCGACUGGGGUUGGCUUGAAUGAGCUGAAGAGGAAACUUUUGAUUUCUGAUCCAGAGCACUUCAGUGUGACCAUCCCACACACAAGUCGAGCCAAGAAGAACCUGGAGAAUGAUGGUGUAGAAUACCAUUUCAUCUCGAAAAAUCUCUUUGAGACGGAUAUUCACAACAACAAGUUCAUUGAGUUUGGUGAGUACAAAGGGAAUUACUAUGGGACAAGUUUAGACUCGAUACGGUCAGUCCUUUCCAAGAACAAAGUGUGCCUACUGGACGUUCAGCCUCAUACUUUAAAGCACCUGCGGACGGCAGAGUUUAAACCAUUUGUAGUUUUCGUGAAGCCUCCUACGAUCGAGAGACUGAGGGAGACAAGAAAGAAUGCUAAACUCAUUUCAGGCAAAGACGAUAAGGGAUCCGCUAAGCCAUUUACGGAGGAGGACUUUCAGGAGAUGGUGGCAACUUCCCAGACAAUGGAGAAACAGUACGGACAUCUAUUUGAGAAGGUCAUAGUCAAUGAUAAUCUUUCAGAGGCCUUUGGUGAAUUGCGUGGAGCAUUGAAGAGAGUGGAGAUGGACACACAGUGGGUUCCAGUGAGCUGGACUCACUCUUGAGAGCUACACGGACUCUAAAACAAGAAAAAGAAACAUGAAGGCUUUUGGUAUAUCUCUGCUGUAGCAAGUAUUUAGUGUGGGAAUAUAAGACAGCAGGCUCCUGUGCUAUCUUGAAAUUUGUGCAAUCUGUACUAAUUUCAACUUCCAGUAAACUCUCUAUUUGGAUCUAUUGACGUCUAAGAGGAUUGCACUUUGUAUUGAGGAUAUAGGAGUCUUUCCAGGAUGUGAGUACUUAUCUAGAUUCUUGGAGGCAAGAUGAAGUGCUUCGUUCCAAACCAGAAUGUUGAAUGAGUCUGGACCGUCACAGUACCAGCAACCUCGCCAGUGCAUCGGCAGCACCGCCAACCAGAAGCCUUUCUUGAGUGUCUGUACAAGAUGAGAAUAUUAGAAACCAAAGGGACUGUCACAUGUUCUUCUUGGUUUGACAACUACAUGCAUAUCUCUUUAAAAAAAAUGCAAAAGGGAGGGAAACAGGGAAGUCAAAAUUUUUGCUUUUCUGUCUUAUUAUAUUUUUAUGCCUCUGAAAUUAUUUCUGUUUCAAAACUUUUUUGGUACAUUCUCCUAACAGGCAGUCGAUGUUGAAUUUUUAUGAAAAAAGUAAUAUAUUUUUGAAUACCUUCCAGGUUCUUUUUUAACGUUUAAAUAACAUUUUUCAAGCAACUUGAUCUCAAUUGUUCUUUUACUAUUAUGGUUAUCAAAGUUUUAUUUGCCUUGUUUUCCCACCAUCCAUUUUUUUCAGGGAUUGUUGCCACUCCUGACUGCAUUUAGAGUUUACUGCUAAUUUUCCUUUUCUUCAUCGCCGAAGUGACCCCUUUCUUCAAAUGCCUUAUGUAUUUUACCCAGCACAAGAUGUGGAAUAUCAACCUCAUGCUUGUAAGAGAAAUCGACACAGUUCCUUCAGGCAAAAUUGAAUGUUGUCUUACAAAGAUGAUAUUUUAAUAAGUACCACUUUUGUGCCUGACUAUGUAGUCAUCAGCCAGUUUUCUAAGCAGAGAGGCCGUGUUUACAUAUUUUAUUUUUUCUUUGCUGGUACUCUGACUUCCUCCCACAAUCCCCAAAACAUGCAUGUUUGUUCAAAGUCAACUGGGAUAGGCUUAAUGACGAAAAUAAUAAAAUGUUUAGGUUUUGCCUAUAUAUAUAUAUAUAUAUAUAUAUAUAUAUAUAUUUUCUUUCCCUCCAAAGUCUAACCAGGUUUUAUGUUCACUUAUUUAUUUGAGGGGGGGGGGAAUCCAAUGUGUUUUAUAUAUCACCUCAUAUUUUCAACUUUGACGAAAUCGUGUUGCAAAUUGUUUACAUUCUUUGUGCUAAAAUAGCUUGCUUUUGAUAGUAGAUUUGUAUUAACUGGACAUUAUCCGAGGUUUCUUAACAGCCUCAGAUGUAGGACAAAAUACAUAGUAUCCCCACAAGGGCGGUGGAAGGGAUUUUUUUUUUAACUUAUUUAUUUUUGUAAGUUUUAUUUCUGCUGUUUAGUAAUAGCCACACUUUUAAAACUAAAGGAACAUGAUGUAAUCCCAUUUUCAUGUUGCACUGUUAAAUGUGGGUCACUUCAUAUCUGCAGUCGUAAUCAAAACUGUACACAAACCAGAAAACAUUUCUCGCUGUACAUAGAUUGCUCAUUCUGUUGGGUAAUGGUGACAUUUUAUAUUAAAA